AUGAUGUCGCAGGUUGUUUCACUGACGGGGGAAAAUUCGCCGCUCGAGAACUCGGUGGUGCGCCUGAACGACCAGCAGGUGGCUGCGCUGGUGGCGAGUGCGGGCCAGCUGAAAGUGGUGGUGCAGAACGGCGAGAUAGUGGGGAUCAAGUCGCCUGGCUUGCAGAUCGCUGUUGCUGGGCUCUCGGAAAAGGGCACCGAGCUGUUUGAAACAACGGCCAACGGCGCGGCAAAACACGUCGGCAAAGUGACCAAGCGAUUGACCCCGACAAAUAAACGAGCAGCGGCGAAAUCCAAAAACACAGAAACCGUCCAGACAAUACGCAAGUUCCAGGCAUUGUACAAGGAGUAUUACAGACUUACCCUUACCACCGGAAAUCAAAGCACCGGCGUGGCCCAUUCUUCUUCCUGGUGGAGCAGUGACACCGGCAAUGAAGGAGGCAACGGGCUUAGGCACGUCUCUGGUGAGGUUGUACUGCUUGAGGAAGUCGGCAGCCUCUUCCUCGGCCUCUCCUCCGAUUUCUCCAAUCAUAAUGAUACCCUCGGUGUGAGGGUCAUCCAAAAAGAGUGUCAGAGCAUCGAUGAAAUUGGUGCCCGGGCAUGGGUCUCCUCCCAUUCCGAUCACCAAAGACUGGCCAAGACCGACCUUUGUGGUCUGGUUGACGGCCUCGUAGGUCAAGGUACCCGAUCUGGACACAAUUCCCACUCUACCCUUCUUGUGGAUAUUCUGGGGCAUAAUGCCGAUUUUGCACUCCUCUGGAGCAAUGAUACCCGGACAGUUAGGUCCGACCAAUCUGGUCUUGGAUUGGGUUCUCAACAGCUGGGAAAUACGCAGCAUGUCGGAUUGAGGGAUUCCCUCGGUGAUGGCCACCACCAAUGGGAUCUCUGCCGCGACAGCUUCCUCAAUGGCACUGGCAGCAAUUGGCGGUGGAACAAAGAUUCCCGAGGCAGUGGCCCCGGUGUCCUUGAUAGCGUCCGCCACCGUGGCAAACACAGGCUUGUCCAAGUGGGUCUGGCCAGCCUUCUUUGGGUUCGUACCACCCACAAUCUGGGUACCGUAGGCCAGGGCCUGCUCAGCGUGGAAAGUGGCCUGUUUUCCAGUGAAACCUUGGAAGAUCACCUUGGUGUCUUUGUUGAUCUUCAGGUUCUUGAUGGUGUCCGAGUAGUUUCUGGCGGCUCUGGAGGUUGA